AUGCUGAAGUCCCUCUCGAUUCGGCGCGAGAACACAUCACGUCGAGGGCGGCGUCGUCUGUUUUCCCCCUUCUCCUCAUCCAACAUCACCAACACUACCACCACCACCAGCACUAUCCAGAACGCCCAUUUCGCUCCUCUGAUGGAACUGGAAUCGGCCCAUGAGGCGCAACAACCCUUUUUUUCUCCCUUCUACUUCUUUUACGGCGGUCCUCCUUUUUUCCGGGUGUGUCCGAGGCGAAGAGGCGGUCGCCGAUCGGGCCGGCCCUAA